UCUCGUUUUUCAUCAUCACUGUCUGUUAACAAUGGCUGAAGCUGCUGCUGCUGCCCUCGUCAAAGUCAUUUUUGAGAAGCUAGCCGAUGAAGCCUUCAAGAGAUAUGCUCGUUCCCAGAAUAUUCACUCAGAGCUCAAGCAACUGGGGAGCACGUUGUCCCAGAUCCAAGCUCUGCUUAAUGAUGCCUCUCACAAGGAAAUCACUGAUGAAUCUGUCAGACUAUGGCUCAAUAGUCUCCAACAUCUGGCUUACGAUAUCGAUGACGUGCUCGAUGAUGUCGCUACUGAAGCUAUGCAUCGUGAGCUGACCCCGGAAUCAGAAGCAAGCACCAGUAUGGUAAGAAAGCUCAUCCCAACUUGCUGCACAAACUUCUCACUAAGUCAUAGGCUGAGUCCCAAGUUAGACAGUAUUACCACCAAGUUACAACAUCUACAAAAACAAAAUCCUGGUUUGAUUGUGAAAGGUGAAAAGCCAAAAAUUAAUACUAAUAGAAGAAACGAAACCUCUUUGCCAGAACGUGAUGUUGUUGGAAGAGAAGUUGAGACAAAGAAAUUGCUCAACCAGUUGUUAGUAGGUGAAUCAUCUAAGGAAAACUUUAGUAUCUUACCCAUAGUUGGUUUGGGUGGAGUGGGAAAGACCACUCUGGCUAGAAUAUUGUAUAACGAUACGCGGGUGAAGGAUCACUUUGAACUCAUGGCUUGGGUUUGUGUUUCCGAUGAGUUUGAUGUAUUCAAAAUAAGUGAAACCAUCUUUGAAUGUGUGGCUACAGAAAACAAACAGUUCAAAGAUGUAAAUCAGCUUCAAAUUGCUCUUAGAGAGCAAUUUAAGGACAAACGAUUUCUGCUAGUACUUGAUGAUGUGUGGAAUCAAAACUAUGAUGAUUGGGAAAUACUAGUGCGUCCAUUUCAUUCUGGGGCUGCUGGAAGUAGGGUAAUCAUGACAACGCGCCAGCAGGAUCUGCUUAAAAAGAUAGGUUUUAAUCAUGUAGACAAUCUCGAGAGUUUGUCGCAUGAAGAUGCUUUGUCUUUGUUAGCUCUACAUGCAUUAGAUGUAGAUAACUUUGAUUCGCAUGAAACACUUAAACCACAAGCUGAAGGUAUCGUGAAAAAGUGUGGUGCUUUGCCUUUAGCUUUAAAGGCAAUUGGAAGGUUACUCAGAACAAAAACCGAGGGAGAAGAAUGGGAUGACGUGUUGAAAAGUAAGAUAUGGGAUUUAGAAAAUGCUGAUGCAAUUGUUCCAGCCCUAAGGCUAAGCUACCAUGAUCUUCCUGCUGAUUUGAAGCGCUUGUUUGCAUACUGCUCUUUGUUCCCAAAGGACUUUAUGUUUGACAAGGAGGAGUUGAUAUUACUAUGGAUAGCUGAAGGGUAUCUGAACGAGUCAACUGCAAACAAGUCACCAGAACGCUUGGGCCAUGAAUAUUUUGAGAAAUUGCUAUCAAGGUCCUUUUUUCAACCCGCACCUAGUGGCGAACCCUUUUUUGUGAUGCAUGAUCUCAUGAACGACUUGGCCACAUUUGUUGCUGGAGAAUAUUUUUUGAGGUUUGACAAUCAGACGGAGAUGGCAGAGGAAGCUUUAGGCAAGUACCGACAUAUGUCAUUUAUGCGUGAGGACUAUGUAGGUUUCCAGAAGUUUGAGGCAUUUCCAAGAGCAAGAAGUUUGAGAACACUGUUAGCUGUAUAUGUUGGGGUAGAACAAAGCUGGAACAAGUUUUACAUAUCCAAUAAAAUUUUGGUUGACUUACUUCCUCAGCUAACACUGUUACGGGUUCUUUCUUUGAGCCGUUUUGACAUAAAUGAGGUACCGGAUUCCAUUUGUAGUUUGGACCACUUGAGGUAUCUUAAUUUGUCUCGAACAAAUAUCUCAAAGUUACCUGAGAAUGUUGGUAAUCUUUACAAUUUACAAACAUUGAUCGUUUUUGGUUGUAAGAGCUUGAGUACAUUGCCUAAAAGCUUCCUAAAGCUCAAAAAGUUGAGGCAUUUUGACAUCAGGGAUACUCCGCAUUUGAAGAAGCUGCCCUUGGGAAUUGGUGAGUUAAAAAACUUACAAACUCUCCCCAAGGUCAUCGUUGGAGGAGACGGUGACUUUGCAAUAACCAAGCUUAAGGGAUUAGAGAAUUUACGUGGGGAACUUUCCAUUGAAGGAUUGCAGAAAGUGCAAAUCCCAAUGCAUGCAAGGGAGGCAAACCUAUCUCAGAAAAGGCUUACUAAGUUAAAGAUGAAAUGGGGUAAUGAUUCACAGAGAGGAUCACUUGAGAAGGAGGUUCUUGCUGAGCUCAAGCCACACACUGAUACGUUGAAACAUUUUGAAGUUGAGUAUUACGGGGGAGUAGAGUUUCCAUGUUGGGUCGGGGAUCCCACUUUUCAUCAAUUGGUUCAUGUGUCGCUACGGGGUUGUAGAAAAUGUACAUCUCUACCGCUGCUUGGGCAGUUACCUGCACUUAAGGAGUUGUUGAUUCAAGGAAUGGAUGAUGUUAAAGUCAUCAGUUUGGAGUUAAGUAGGACUACUGAUGUUACCUUCCCUUCACUUGAAAUUCUAAAGUUUGAAGAUAUGUCGAGUUGGGAGGUAUGGUCAACCAAUAGCGAGGCAAUGUUUCCAUGCCUUAGAGAGCUUCAAAUAAUCAAAUGUCCCGAUUUGAUUGAUGUCUCACUUGAAGCAUUACCUUCAAUAAGAGUUUUGAGGAUGGAGGGAUGUGGUGAAAGUGUGCUGAGAAGUCUGGUUCAGGCAGCUUCAUCAACCACUAAAUUGGAAAUAGAAUCAAUUUUAGGGCUUACGGAUGAGGUGUGGAGAGGUGUCAUAGUGAAUUUUGGGGCGGUUGAAGAGUUAUUCAUACAAAAUUGUGAUGAGAUAAGAUACCUAUGGGAAUCAGAUGCAGAGGCAAGUAAAGUUCUUGUAAAUUUAAAGGAAUUGAAGGUAAGGGAUUGUAAAAAAUUGGUGAGUUUAGGAGAGAAAGAGGAGGAUGAGGAUAACACUGGGAGCGACCUCCUAUCAUCUCUAAGGAUUUUGGAAGUACGUUGUUGUGAAAGUAUGGAGCGUUUGUGUUGUCCAAAUAGCAUUGAGAGUUUAGUGAUCAAGUGGUGUAGUUCAGUUAUAGAUGUCUCCUUCCCAAGAGCAACAACAACAACAGGUGGAGGAGGGCAGAAUCUCAAGUCACUUACUACAAUAAAUCAAUUGAGUAACUCCACUCACCUCACCUCUUUGUCAAUAAGAGGUUGUGAAAACAUGGAGUUAUUUUCUGAUCUUCAUCAGCUAUCAAAUCUCACAUCGUUGUACAUACGUGACUGUGAAAACAUGGAAUCAUUUUCUGACCUUGAGCUAUCAAAGCUCACCAGGUUGAGAAUAGAAGGUUGUGAAAGCAUAGAGUCAUUUCCUAACCUCCAUCUGCCAAAUCUCACAGAACUGGAGAUAGAAGGUUGCAAAAACAUGAAGGCAUUUGGUGACCUGCAGCUACCAAAUCUGAUCAGUUGGAGCACAACAGAUUGUGAAAAUCUGGAGUCAUUUCCUGACCUUCAGCUAUCCAAUCUCACCAUGUUAAAAGUUGUGAAAAUCCGUGAGUGUCCAAUGAUUGAUGCUUCCUUUCCUCGUGGUCUUUGGCCUCCCAAUUUGUGGUUCCUUGUAACAGGGGGGCUGAAAAAGCCCAUCUCAGAAUGGGGCUAUCAGAAUUUCCCUGCUUCACUUGUUGACCUAAGAUUAUUUCAUGAACCCAAUGUGAGGAAUUUUAGUCAAUUGUCCCCCCUUCUCCCUUCUUCUCUUACGACUUUGUUAAUAUUCGGAUUUGAUAAUCUGGAAUCACUUUCAACGGGACUCCAACACCUCACAUCCCUUCAACAUCUUUCAAUUAGCAUGUGCCCAAAGGUGAACGAUCUACCAGAGACGCUGUUACCUUCACUUUUGAGUUUGAGAAUAUGGAGAUGCCCAAAAUUGAAAGAAAGGUGUGAAGGAAGAGGCUCCCACUACUGGCCACACAUCUCUCAUAUCCCCUGCAUUGAAAUAUAGACUGGAGGAACAUAUCCUAAAGGAUCUUCUGGGUGAUGGAACAUUCACAGUUGACCAGGUCAUAUUCAAGAACAGAGAAAAGUCUCAAGGUGUGAAUUUUCAGGGUUAUCUUGAGUAAAGUGCAGUAAAACUCGCGCAUAUAAUUACCGAAUCAGCUAAUAACAGACAAGGUGUCGAUGACAUAAGUGAUUUAUUCAUGAAAAUCAGUUGGAUUCAAUAUUCAAAGUGAAGGUCUUAAGAAAUUGUCAAACAUCGGACCAGAGGCUAAGUUAAAGGAAAGGGUCAAAGUGCUUGAUGAUGGACAAGAUCAUUUCUGUUGAAGAAAGAAGAUAUUCUGCAAAUCAACAACACACAUCCAAAAUACUUCAUAAUUGGUGGAAAGGAGGCUACAUCUAUUUCCAUUAUUUUGGUUCAUUUACAUGCUCUUGAAACAUCCUGAGAUUCAAGAUAUGGUUGAAUAAGAAAUCAAAGAAGCAGCAAACAUGAGAAACAAAUUCAAGAUAAGCUUCAUGUAACUUGGAACAAAACUCUCGCGAGUCUAUCCUGCAUCUCAGUGUGAUAGGGAUACGGAGCUAAUCCAUGAUCUAGCAGACUGCAGACUCGUAUUUGGUGCAACUGGACAAAUUGAAGUUAUACGAGGAUAAGUAAUGGACAAAUGUCUCAACAAGCCACACGCGUGGACAAAUGCUAUAGGCUGUCAAUUUCAAGGCAUCUUGGUGGUGGGAUAAGACUUUGGGACCAAUAGGUCUUGGGUUCGAUUCCCACAAAGGGGGUUUUCCCAUAUUUAUUGGGUUUCCUCCUGAAUUGGUGUAUAGGCAUUAUGCCUAGUGGAGAUGGAUAUGAUCGGGUGGUUCCGCUGGUGGCACGAUGAUACUCCAGUGGUCCGUCAGUGAUCCAAAUUUGCCGUUCAAAAAAAAAAAUUCAAGGAACUUAUAAUUGAUGAAGAAUUAAUGGAGAUUACCUCUGAUGGUAAGUUACCACUAAUGAGGAUUAUGGAACUAGCCUAUGAUGUCAUUUGACGAAGACAAUCUGUUGAGAGGAUGUUAUACAUAAUUCUCACUUGUCAAUUUCGUACGUCUCGACAAGAAUAUAGAUACACGAGUUUGCAUUGAUAUUAUUAUCACUUGGCCCCAUAGUUUAAUGUGUCAAGCAGUUGAGUGUGAAGUCGGUGCAUGAACUUAUGUGUGCAAAUUCAGAGAAUAUUUGCAUGUCACCCUCUUCAUAGCUAGAGCGUUAGCUAGAAAACCAUCUUUAAAUUCAAUUUUAAUUUAUAACUAGUUUUACAUGAUGUAUUGAAACAAUCGAUUUUGAUGAAUACCUUGUGCUUAUAGCAAUUGUUCUUCUA